CCCUACGGACCUUUACUAUAUAAACGCUAAAACUUGCUGUCCGCGUCUCUUUCUUCCACGCUAGCCGGCGACGAACUCAAACCUUUGCAGAGAGAGAGAGAGAUCUUCGUUGAGAUCGCAACAAUGGCGGAAAAGGCAGUCACCAUCAGAACCAGAAAGUUCAUGACCAACAGACUUCUCUCAAGGAAGCAGUUCGUUAUCGAUGUUCUUCACCCUGGAAGAGCCAAUGUUUCAAAGGCUGAGCUGAAGGAGAAGCUAGCUAGGAUGUACGAGGUCAAGGACCCAAACGCCAUCUUUGUUUUCAAAUUCAGAACCCAUUUUGGAGGUGGCAAAUCGUCAGGGUUUGGUUUGAUCUAUGACAAUGUCGAGAGCGCUAAGAAGUUCGAACCCAAGUACAGACUUAUCAGGAAUGGUCUGGACACCAAGAUAGAGAAAUCAAGGAAACAAAUUAAGGAAAGGAAGAACCGUGCCAAGAAGAUACGUGGUGUUAAGAAGACCAAGGCUGGUGAUCCCAAGAAGAAGUAAGAUCUCAAGCCAGUAUCAGCCAUUUUCGUUUCUUGUUCUGCAUAAUCACCUGUUAUGUCGUUUUAACUUUUAUUUGUCUGCUUUUUAGAUUUUUUUUUUUUUAAUUUCUCCAACUUGUCCACCUAUACUAAAUCUCGAGCUUUUUGCUUGUUUCAAUCGAUCUUUUGUUUAAAGUUUUAAUCGAUUA